AUGGAAACUUAUGAAGCGAUGGAUGCUUGUUCACGUGCAGAAAUUCUCUGUACUCAGCCAACAAUUGCCAUAUUGAAACUAAAGCAUUUGAACAUUGAUAAUAUCGAAUCAUUUGAAUGGCUUCAAUCUCCACCUGCUUCUAGUUUACAUGAAGCCUAUCAAAUUCUACAUUGGCUGAAUGCACUGGAUUCACAAGGUAGAUUGACACAGCUUGGUCGAAAUAUGGCUCGUCUUGAUAUUGAUCCAAAAUUAACCGCAAUAUUAUAUAAGGGACAAGAACUUAACUGCCUAUCGUACGCAUUAAUUCUAGCAGGUAUGCUAACUGUAUCACAGAAUGUCUGGUGGAGUAGUAAAGAUCAGGAAUCGAAGGGCAUGGCUACACGAGCACGUGCUGAAUUUAGUCAUGAAAGUGGCGAUCAUAUAACAUUAAUAAAUGUAUAUUUAAAAUGGAGUACAUUUUGUGCCAAUAAUAAAAAUAAAAAACAACAAAAUACAUGGUGUAAGAAUAACUCUCUUAAUGGAAAAUCAUUACAACUGGCUCAAAAUUUUAUCCGAGAAAAAGCCAAGCAAAUGGACCAUGAAAUAGAACUUUGUGAUAGUGAAGAAUUAAAUGAAGAUAUCAUUGGUCGAAUUCUACAAUGUAUAACAGCUGGUCAUUUUAUGAAUUUAGCUAUAUCAAAUGGACCAUUUAGAGCUGGCUAUCAAAUUAUUUCUGCUUUCUCUCAAAUGUCUAAUGAUCCAGUAGUAGCACGUGUAUUUCGUACAUCCUCAUUAUGUUUAAAUGAUCAAAUGCCUAAAUAUGUUUUCUUUAAUGAAUUACUAAAUCUCAAUGGAACUAACUAUAUUACAAUUUUAUCUUCGACUAAUAUCUACUGGCUAAAAUCUGUGUCCCGACCAUGGUUUACUGCUGUGAAUGGAGAUAAUUUACAUGCAAUUUCUUAUGAAAGCUGUGUAUUCGAAAAUAUCGGCGCAACUCUACUACGAGCUAUUGUUGGUAAACGAAAUUGUAAUCUGAAUAAGCUUGAAGAGACAACUCAAGCGGUUAUUGAUGUCGAUUAUAAACAAUCAAGAUUAACAAUAUGGUCACGUAAAGUUAAUUUGGAAAAAGCGAAGAAAAUUGUUGAAGAAAUAAUUCAGAAAGAAAAACAACAAUUGCUCGUAGAAGCUGAAGAAAUACACAUUAUAGGAAGAACUCGCAUUUUAAUGGGUGCCGGAGGUAUUACUCAAAUGGUUCUCCUUGGAAGUGAUUAUAUUAGAAUCAUAAUGACUAAAUUGCCGACAACAAUAACGGAAGAGAGAAUUCGAGAUUUAUGUGAACCAUUUGGACAGAUUCGUAAAAUUGAUUUUAUCCGACACAAUGAAAACAGCUCAUGUGUAGCAGUGACAUAUUCAACAGUCGAACAAGCACGUCUCGCUUUCAGUGAAUUGAACGGUUUUAUUGAACAGGGUCGCGAAAUCGCUGUUAGUGAUUCAUGUUUGAAAACUGAAGCAACCACAGGCAAACAAAAUUGUCGUCUCAAAGCUAUAUGGUAUCUAACACAGUCAACUGGAAGUGGAAGGAUUACUUUUAGACAAGAAAAAAGUGCACUCGAUAUAUACGAGUUGUUUAAAAGGCUGUCGUUGAAAUGCUCUUAUGAGCGCUCAACUGAUGUGCCUACGAUGAAAGUUAUCUACUAUCUUAGUGAAAAUAGUGGAAAAGCUUUUAUUAAUUUUGGCAGACUUCAGCAAGCACAAGAUGCUGUCAGAUUGGCGAACAAUCCGUUAAUAACACUUGCACAAAGUACACGGAAUGGUACAGGGUCCGUUCUAUUCCAAGGAUUUUCAAAAGAUUUUGACGAGGAAGAUAUACGCAAUAGUUUUCAAGUUUGCAGCGGUAUCAUCGAUGUGCAGGUUUUACGCGGUAGAAAAGGGAAAAUCAUUAGAAAGCCCGAUUCUGCUGCAGAUGAUAUCAAAUCGAUAUUUAAUCGCUACAAAUCGUUUCAACGUGAUACAAUAAUAUUUGACGAUAAGAUAUCUAAUGGUAAAUUAGUAGCAUUCGUUGAGUUUUUAGAUAUUACAGAACUAAAACAAGCAAUCGAAGAAAUGAGUGGACAAACAGGAAUAAUCGGUUGUGGUAAAGUGAGAUUAUCUGAACGAAUUCAACAAAAGAAAGAUGAAACAAAGAAGAAGAAAGAAGAUGAAUAUGUUAUUAAACUGCAAAAUCUUGAUAGAUCAUGGGAUAAACAUGAUCUUAUUAAAAUUCUAAAAGAAAAUCAAUUAUAUGAUGACGUAAAAAAUGUUACAAUUUUUCGUCAAAAAUUAGAAAACAAUAAUUCUACAACUACAGAGACUAAUUUUGGUAGAGAAGAAGAAAUUGGUUUAAUUCGUCUUCGAUCUAUGUUUCUUAGUACAAAAGGUUUAUUUCGUUCGGUACCAGAUUGUCAGAUUCCAUCAUGCACACCGGAUGGAACCGUUACAGCACUCGUUCUUUUCAAUGAUCCUACUGAUAUAACAACAGCUAUACAAACGUACGAUAAUCAAGUAAUUAAACUUUUUAAGGGUUCAAGUAAACUACGGCUUAUUCCGUCAAUGGCAUAUGAAAUCUUUGUUAAUGCAACUUUGGCAAAAGCUAUUCCAUAUAAAAUUGCACGGGCAACUCAAUAUGUUCGAGAGAAGUGUAAGAGAGUUUAUAUUAAAGCUGUGCCCUCAGAGAAAACGGCUGCAAUGAAGAUAUUUAUCGAUGGGGAUGACAUAGAACAAAUAACAAUCGCGAAAAUUACCUUUGAUACAUUAAUGAAGGGAAUGGAAUAUAAAUAUGAAGAUGAUUCAGAUAAAACGAGAAUCAUCUUUGAUCGUGCUGGUACGAAAAUAUUGCAAGAAAUUCAAAACGAAACUGGUACUUAUAUUUGGUGGAAUUAUUCGAAUUCUUUUGUUCGUAUUUAUGGCAGUGAUCAAGCAUCAGAAUUAGCUAAAAAUCGUAUAGAUGAAUAUAUUCGAGAUAUCAUAAAUAAUAAAAAAUGUACUAUUAUGUUAGACAUCCCAUUUGGCUAUAUACGUCAAGUAUUAAAAACGAGUGCAACUUAUCAGGAAACUAUUGCAAAGGAAUUUAAUGUUGAGAUUAGUAUAUUAGAUGUCAGACGUCAGAUACGAAUUGUUGGUAAGGAAAAAGAUGUCUUAAAAUGCGAAGAAACAAUUAAAAAGACUUGGACAACAACACCUGUAGAGCAGCAGACAGCAACGAAAUUAGUCAUAGUGAAGACUAGUAUUGAAUGUCCAAUUUGUUGUGACACGGCUAAUUAUUUUUUACAAGCUUGUGGACAUCCUUAUUGCUUAAAUUGUCUUAAAAUGCAAUUAUCAACAAAAUUUGAUACAACAUUAAGUAAUGAAAGUCUGAAGAUUAAAUGUAUAACCUCAGAAUGUAAUUCAACACUUUUAUUACGUGAUAUUAAAACAAUAAUUGAUCCAAACAAUAUGCCGAAAUUAGCACGUGCAUCACUUGCAGCUUACUUAAAAACGGAUAAUGAUAUUGUACGAUGCAUGGGUACUGAUUGUAAACAAGUAAGAUACCAAUCAUAUUUUUAGCAGUGUUGUCGAUAUCUUUUAA